AUGCACUCUGACCGCGAGGCCCUCGCAGUGGGGACCCUGCUCAAGCAGGUCAAGGCUACCACGGGCACCGUGGUCGGCACCCCAGAGCCCGCGGAGGUUAUGACGGCAGCUUCCCGCAGCGUCCUCACACGCCUGGACAAGGUUGAGGGCGGCGUCAUCGACUUUUUCGUGCCGGCUGCCGAGAAGCUGCUGUCCGCCGGCCAGCCCAGCCGUGUGCUCGCCGCCGCUCUCGCAGCGAUGAGCGGCUUCAAGAACGUGCCGCAGCCGCGGAGCCUGCUGACCGGCGAGAGCGGCCGCGCGACGCUGCGGAUGCUGUGCGCGCCGGGGCGGGUGGAUGGGUACCAAUCCGUCGCCAAGAUGCUGCAAAAGAUCACCGAGCGCGCCGGCGUGAACUUCUCGCCCGACGACAUCGGCCGCGUCCGCGUCGUCGCCGACGCCGAGCGCGGCCUGGAGGGCGCCGCGUUUGACGUCACCGCCGCGGUGGCGGCCCGCCUGACCGACCCGCGCUGCGUCGCGGCGGCGGAGCAGCAGGGCGUGGUGUUGGACAAGCC